AUGGAUUACCAAUCAGUCCAUGUUAUUGUUUCACAUGCAUCAGAUGGACCAUUCUUUUCUUUAAAGAAUGCGGCUCAUACAAGGGCUUCCUCUGAGAUUAUCAGUGUGUUGAGAGAGCCAGCUGCAGCAGAGAGAGUUUUGCUGGGCUUACUUGGCCCUGAUGAUACCAGGAUUAUGCAGGAGUACGAUGACGGUGGUUUGAGGCAAAACUUAUCCCACCAUGCCCUUGCUGCCUGCCUCCACUUUGCCAUGUGGCUAAGGGAAAAUGGAGAGUCUUCCUUAGCCUCCAGGGAGCGCGAUGAAGCCAGAGCUCGUGUUGCAGAGCUGGAGGAAAAUGUUAGGAAUGUUGAGGAGAUUCUGAGGCAUCAGGUCCAAGAGUAUGAGUCUAAGCUGAAUGGUCUGCAAAAUGAUGUUGAUCAGCUGAGUCAGAAGGCUGAGUUGUACGAGAGGAAUUGGAAGGAGCAGGAAGCCUUGCAUCAGGAGAAGGACACUCUUAUGGUAGAGGUUUUGAGGCUGCGUGAGGAAGCUAUCUCUGAGCUUGCCAAGGUCACUCAAAGUCAUGACGUGGCCAGAACACGUAUCAAAAAUCUGACUGGUGCCCUCACUCGGAGCAGGAAGCUCUACGAGCAGGCUGAGGUUGAAGUGAAGAAGGUUCAGCAAGACUGCGAAAUGGAUAGGAUCCUUGGGGAAAUAGAGAAGGAAGAGCGUGCGAAGAAAGAGGCCAAAGACGUUGAUGGAGAAGUGGGGGCCCAGCGUCCUUCAACUUUCUGGACAAAGUGCUAUAGAUGCAAUGUGCAUUUUCUGUAUAGUAGGGUUUAUGUAGAUCGUCUUCUCCGCUGCCAACAAUGUCAAACCAACUUUGUGUCUAAAGAAGUCUACAUCAUGUCACCAUCCGCACUUGUUGAGUCAUCCAGUAACUCUUCUCACCAGCAACAUGUUGAUACUGAAAGUCAAGGAACUGCUAGUGGCGGCAAGCCCCCAUAUCUUGGAGUGGUCUCCCUAAAAGACCCCGAAGGGAGCUGA